CCAAAUGCCAAAACAGUUAUCCUUGUUCCAAUAUUUCUGGUCCUUCCUGACUGUGGCCACCAGGCUGAAAAAGUUUGCUCACCUUUAGUUUAAAUCAUUACAAUAAAUCAGUCUGCAAUCUGUCAUUUUUUUUCUAAAUUAGGUUAGGAAAGUUGUUUUGGAUACCAUGAAGAAUAUUCAUCCCAUAUAUAAUAUCAAGACACUAAUGAUUAAGAGAGAAUUGUCAAAAGAUCCUGAAUUAAGAUUGGAAAGCUGGGAACGUUUUUUACCCAAGUUCAAACACAAGAAUUUGAACAAACGGAAGGAACCAAAGAAGAAAAGUGUCAAGAAAGAAUACACUCCCUUCCCACCUCCACAACCAGAGAGUCAGGUUGAUAAAGAAUUAGCAAGUGGUGAAUAUUUCUUGAAAGAAAGUCAAAAGAAGCGUAAGAGAAUAGAAGAGAUAAAGGCAAAGCAAGCAGAAGCAAUUAGCAAGCGACAAGAGGAGAGAAAUAAAGCCUUUAUUCCACCUAAAGAAAAGCUUGUUGUAAAACCAAAGAAAGCAUCAACUGAAACAAAGAUUGAUAUUGAAGCAAUUAAAGAAAAAGUUAAAAAGGCAAAGAAGAAGAAGCUUGGAGCACUAUCAGAAGAAGAAGUUAGAUUAAAAAUUGCAGCAGAUGAAAAGAAAAAGAAACUACCUUUAAAGUUAUAGCACUUCACUUUUUGUAAGGAGGAAAGCUAUGAACUCAAGUUUUAUAUUUGACUUCAUUUACUUGCCUUAUUGUCAGUUAAAACCAUAGAAGACGAAAAUGUUGCAUUCCCUGAGGAAAGGAGGGAGGAAAAAACACCAUUUCAAAUUGUUAAUCUAAAACUGACAGAUGGCUUGUUCUGUUGUAUUUUAAGCAGUAUGGGAAAUACUUGCAUAUUUAUGAUAUCCAUUAGAAUGAGCAGUUGACUUAUAACUUGGUGUAAAAGUGGUAGCAUACACAGGACUACCAUUGAAAAGAUUUUGUACAGUGUACGAAUACUUACCAGCAUACUUGGUUUUAUUUGUUUUAUUGUAUGGGACUCUGAAAGAUAGUUGUCCAGAACACUGCAAGAAGUAAUACGGCAGCUGAAACAUUUUCCAAGUAAAAAUGUGUAUUGCUUUAUUAUUGAUUUUUAGAUCUACUAGGCUUGUAUAAACUACUUCCUCAAUCUUUUGGGGGGGGGGAUGCUCUUUUAAGUUUUGUUUAUAUUACUGGAGAAUUUUGCUUUCCAAAUGCUGGUUGCAGUUGUAUGUCGAGUUACUUUGUUCAUUCAGGUCAACAAAGGGCCGGGAGUGUGAUGAAUGGAGAUCAGUAGAAUGGUACUAUGUGAAUGUUGUCGUCAGUAAGUCAUAACUUUAUGCUUAUUGAAUGUUUACCUUUGGAAGAAGGCCUUUUUCUGCUUCAUGUACUUUUUUAAUCCCCCAAAAACAAUUUGAAAAUGUAUCUAAAGAUCUCUGAUGUCUGACUCUUCUUAUCAAUUCAUUGUUUAAUACCUUU